AUGGCCAUAGCUGUGGUCUGCAUUGUGGCUAUUGCGCUAUGCUGGAGUGUUGGAUUAAACACACUGGUGAGCACCAUGAAGUCUUGGCUUCAGGACCAGGGCUUCAGCAACGCCGAUAGCAGCUCGGUGCACCAGAUCUUCACCCUUCUCUCCUUUGCCUUCUGCUUCCUAGGGGGCAUGCUGGCAGAAUCCUACGUUGGCCGCUACACGACGAUCUUGGUCUUUUCGGCGAUCUAUGCCGUCGGCUGCGGGCUUACCGCAGUUGCAGCGAGCCCGGCACUAGAGAGCAUCCCUCUUUUCAUGCUGGGAAUCCUGGUGCUCACAGCUCCCGGCACCGGUGGUGUGAAGCCGAACAUCGGCACCUUCGGCGCCGACCAGUUCGACCCCAGAGGUGAGGAAUCCCAAAAAAGGAAGGAGGCCUUCUUCAUGUACCUGUAUGUCACGAUGAGUGUGGGCGCUGUUAUAGCCUUUGGCUUUCUGGCCAAUGUUGCUACCGCCGGUUUGCCGCCACGCAUCCCUAAAGAAGAUGGGGUUUUCUUCGCCUACAUCAUCAUGGCCAUACUGAUGGCUCUUGCCUUGAUGCUGUUUGCAGCGGGCACUCCGUUCUACCGCAAGGAAAGUUUUCAGAAGAACACAGAGCCAGUGCUGAUGCCGGCCAUGCGACGCUUGUUGGGCGGCAGGCGAACGGCAUGGGGCAAAGUUGCGUUGCUGGGCUGGGUGCUGCUUCCCGCUCUUAUCGUCCUGUCUGUUUUGCAAGUCUUCUACCCAUCACGCACACUCACGAUUGUGAGUCUGUUGGCUGACCUGAUUUGCAUCGGUUGUCUCUGUACGGCGCACUACAACAACUCGUGGUUGGGCGAGCCCGACAGUGUCACACGGUGCCUGGACGUUGUGCCCAAGAUCAUUGUAGGGAAUGUCACAUUCAAUGUGCUUUACAAUACCAUGUUCAGUCUCUUCUAUUCCCAAGCCUGUCAGAUGGACACGCGGCUGGCAGGUGGCCUGCAGCUCAGUGGAGCCUUUUUCAACCUCGGCGAUGCCUUCGCCGUGAUCAUCUUCACGCCUCUGCUUGAGCGACUUAUCGUUCCUUUCGCCGAGAGAAAACUCGGGCGGAAAGUGAGCUCCAACAUGAAGGUACUGACAGGAAUCUCAGUUGCCAUUGCCUCGCAGCUCACUGCUGCCAGCCUAGAGUAUUCGCGCCGCAGCUCGGAGGUUUUGUCCGUUCCGUCGAAUUGUGCCCCAUUAGCCUCAGAUGGGCAGCAUGUGAGGAUGAGCGCGAUGAGUGCGUUUUGGAUGGUCUUGCCCUAUGCCAUGGUUGGUAUAGGUGAAGCAUUGGUGAAUCCGGUGCUUUGGCAUGUGGCCUACACCGCCGAUCCAUCCAUGAAGUCUUUGAUGCAAGCUUUCUGCCAGUUUGCCAUGGGAGGUCUGCCGAAUGCGAUUUCGGCAGCAUUGACACAAGCAACCAAGAGUUGGACACCGAACAACCUGAACAACGGCAACCUGCCGAUGGUAUAUUUUGUCAACGCCGCAUUUUGCCUCGCAGGCUGCGCCGUUUAUGUUUUCGUGACCCGCAGCUCUGAUUCCAAGGAGGGCAAGGAGUGGUGUGCAGCAGAAGACUCCACCAGCGAAGCUGGAGAGUACAGCGACACUUCCGACAGCCUCAACGAGGGUUGA